CCAUUUUUCGUAGUUGAAAUGGCUUUGGAUUAUUUUGGUUUGCUAGACUUUUCAAAGCAAUUCCAGUUUGUUGUUGGACUGGAUCUUGAAUACAUUCAUGGCUACUCUUACAGUCUUUUUUGUGCACUCAAAGACUUGCUUUGUUAACUUACCACUUAAAUGGACGAAUGUUCUUUGGGAUGAACCCUUUGCACAGACACCCGGAAAUGUAGUCUUUCAGCUUACUUGGAGACCAGAAGGUAGAAUAAAAACCAAUCAAAGUGCAAAAACCACUUAUGUUGGAUGGGCUGGUGGAUGUGUUGCUCCAUCCAACAUAGGAAUUUCUAGUCAGUCUCUUAUUUCAUCAGACUCUCAUGGAAUCAUCGAGAUUGAUGCUUCAUUUGGCCAAUCUCAAGGACUUUUUCAUAAUCAAUCCGUGUCAGUGACUCCUAUCAAGGAUGCUCUCAAUGCUCAAUCUGUUUCGGUCGAACCUGUUUCAAUUGACGAUUGGGAAAUUCUAGAACUUCAUGCUGGCUAUCUCGAAGAACAAAUAUUGAAUCAAUUGCGCAUCAUUCAUCUCAAUCAAAUCGUUACAAUCUGGAUCCAUCAUCAAACAUGUGUGCAUCUUAAAAUUGUAGCAACUGUACCAGAAUCUAAAACCUGUUUAAAAUUAUCACAGGAUGUAGAGAUCAUAGUGGCUCCUAAACUAAGAAAUGAAUCAACUAAAACAACACUGAAUCCCCACAAGCAGAUCGAUCUGCCACCAGUCGAGUUGCGUUUUUUGCCAGAAUAUCAUGCUCAGCCUUUUGAUCGCAGUCAACAACUAUCCCAAUGGACCGUGUUUUUAUCGCCACAAGACAUGACCAAGGAAUUACACAAAGAAAGUAGAGUAUAUCUUCAGCAUCUGGAAUUUGAAAAAAUGAUUGGCGGUGAUCAGUCAUCUGGCCCAGAAAAAGCUACUCAUCAAACUGCUACAAAUGCUGAACAGGCUUUUGUAUCGUCUGCAGCACGUUUAUCAAAAAAACUGCCACAUGCUUAUGCUACAAUCAAAGUCUCACCCAAUGUACCUCCUGGGCAUGUUGUGAUGGGAAAUGCACUCCAAUUACAGUUGUGUUUAGAGCCAUUCGGUCGAGUUUUGGUCCAGUUUGUAGAUCGCAUUGAUAAAAGGCCAUCUAAAAUUGAUAUUGUUACUUUAUCCAAUAUGCUUUCGCCCAUGGCUGCUGCAGAACAAUUGCAUAAUUAUCUUGCAAAGUAUUUAAAUGGAAACGAUGAUGAAUGCAUUAUAUUUGAUGGCAUGAUACUACCAAUUAAAACGGCGACUUUGGCUUUAAAUGCAAAAAUUGUAUUUUCAAAAGAACUUGACGACUCUAAUGUGUUGAGCACAACUAUGAGUAAUACACUACCACUUGCUUUUGUAGUGCGAUUAAUGGAUAUCCCAUCAAUUGAAGUUGGUGCUCGUGUUAAUGCCAACGAAGCGGUCUUGGCAUAUGGGAGAGAAAUAUAUGAUGCUGCAGAUAAACUUUACAUGACUGGAUUUAACGAGCUUGUGGACGAGGCUUUUCAAUACAUUUCCAAAUGCAUGCUUUUAAAAACAUCAUUUUCACAAUUGAAUAUCUCCAGUCCAGCUGGCAUUUUGAUAUCUGGUCCAAGUGGGUCUGGAAAAACACGAUUGGUAGAAACAACUGCUUUGAAGCUUGCACAACACCAGCAUUUACAUCAUGCACGAGUUAAUUGCGCUCGACUAAAACAGCUUUCAUCUACAAAAGUUGUUGAAGCGAUUGAAUUGGCUUUUAUCAAGGCAGUUUGGCACGCACCUUCAAUUGUUAUUUUUGAUGAUUUGGACGUAUUGCUGACUCGAGAUUCUGAAUCGAGUGGGUCAAAAAAUCAAGUCUUUGCACAUGCUUUUUUAGAUUUGAUGGAUCGGAUUGUUACACCAGCAAAAGUGUUUGUCGUGGCAACUCUCUUGGACAAGACACAACUAAAUGGUGUUUUAUCAGAACGACAAAUAUUUGGACAUACUGUAGAAAUCAAGGCACCCAAUAAGCAAAAUCGGAUCAAGGCAAGUAUUUUAAAGUAUUUGAGUGGGUUGGAUCUGCAAUCCACACCUCCUAAUUAUGAUUUGAUUGCAUCACUUAUGGACGGUUACCUUGUAGCUGAUAUUGUGCAGAUAGUCGAGCGAGCAAGGCAAUCUCAUGCUAUGCGUUGCAUAAAAACCACACCACCUUCAACCUUGUCUACAUUGGAUUUUCACGCUGCUUUUGAGGGAUUUAAGUCAUCAGCAGUACAAGGAGUAAAGCUCCACACUUCGGAUGUGUCAUGGAGUAUGAUUGGCGGAAUGAGCAACGUCAAGCAAAUGCUGUUGGAAACAUUAAAAUGGCCAACAAUGUAUCCACAGAUAUUUUCCAGUUUUCCUUUGCGUCUUCGAUCUGGAUUGCUAUUGUUUGGAUAUCCUGGCUGUGGAAAAACAAUGCUUGCAUCUGCUGUAUCCAAAGAGUGCGGUCUGAAUUUUAUUAGCGUCAAAGGUCCAGAGUUGUUGAACAAGUAUAUUGGUGCAAGUGAAAAGGCCGUGCGUGAUUUGUUUCAAAGAGCGCAAUCUGCUCGCCCAUGUUGCCUGUUUUUUGACGAGUUUGACUCAAUUGCUCCUCGAAGAGGACAUGAUAACACGGGUGUUACGGAUCGUGUAGUGAAUCAAAUGUUGACACAGAUGGAUGGUGCUGAAGGACUUGAGGGUGUAUUUGUUCUUGCUGCAACAAGUCGUCCAGAUCUUAUUGACCCGGCGUUACUUAGACCAGGCCGACUUGACAAGACUAUUUUGUGUGAUUUGCCAUCGCGAUUGGAUAGAGAGGAUAUUAUCCAGACGAUUUCAAAAACACUUGCAGUUUCGUCUUCUGUCUCGAUUAGCAAAUUGGCUGAUCAAACCAAUGGGUUUUCAGGGGCUGAUAUCCAGGGGAUGAUGUAUAGUGCACAUUUGAUGGCAAUUCGGGAAUCCAUGGGAGAUGAGCUUGUUGGACAGAAACUUGAAAACGCUGAUUCAAGUGUAGAUGAUAUGGAUGUGCCAUUUGCUUUAUCUGCUGGAAAAGGCAAAUCCGAUGAUCAUUCAAGUAGACUGCGUUUGAAGAAACAGUUGGCAGCUUUAAAAGCCUCGAUGAAGAGGGAGUCCAAAGCAACCGAUCAGUCUAACACACAUGAGGAUACAAUUACUGAUCGUAAACAGAUAUUUAUCCAGGAUACACAUAUAAAAGCCGUGCUUUCCAAAACACGGCCAUCAGUGAGUGAAGCAGAUCAUAGCCGACUAUCUAGAAUAUAUCAGCAUUUUUUGAAGGGAGAAUCGGCAAGUGUUGGAAGCCGAGCCACUUUGGCCUAGGAUGUUUCCAAAUAGUUGCUAUUUUCACAAUAUUACAGCGAUAUUCACGUAAAAGGAAACACUGGUAUUUAUCUUGCAUUGACUGCCUCUUGAUUUGGAAUAAACAAUGUUC